GCCCACAAUCACUAGACUACAAUGGCUGGAGUUACCACAAGUUUUAGACAAGUACCUUUAACUUGUCCUGGACACACUAGACCAGUCGUUCACUUGCAUUUCAGUGACGUCAACAGUGAAGGACAGUUUAAAUUCAUAUCAGCUUCAAAAGAUGCUAAGCCAAUGCUCCAUCAGGGAACUACUGGUGAUUGGAUUGGAACUUUUACUGGUCACAAAGGAGCAGUCUGGGGCUGCUGUCUCAAUAAGGAGGCUACUCAAGCAGCAACAGGAGCAGCAGAUUUCUCAGCAAAAUUAUGGAAUGCACACAAUGGAAAUGAAUUGGCUUCAUUUGCUCACAAGCACAUUGUAAAAUCUGUGGACUUCUCUCAGGAUGGCACUCGCCUUGUAACUGGUUGUAAUGAUAAGUUAAUCAGAGUAUUUGCUCUGGAAAGCCCAAAGGAUGAAUCUUCUCUGUCCCUCAAAGGUCACAGUGAGGCCAUUAAGUCUGCCAUUUGGAUAGCUGACCCAAACCUUCUGGUUUCAUCUGAAGAGACUUCAGACAUAAAAUUGUGGGAUGUCAGAACAUGUGAUGUUGUACGAGAGAUAGCACUCCCUGGCCCUGUACUUAGCAUUGAAUUAUCUAAAGAUAUUUCUAUAAUUACAAUUUCACAUUCUAAUGGAGUUACUUUCCUUGAUGCUACAAGUCUUGAGACUAUAAAGUCAUACCAGCAGCCUCCAUCUUGUGGAAAGGUGAACUCAGCCAGUCUCCAUCCAAGCAAGAGCCAUUAUGUCACUGGAGGAGAGGACUUUAAGCUUUAUAAGUGCAGCUACGAAGAUGGAAAAGAAACAGAGUCUUAUAAAGGCCAUUUUGGUCCAGUUCAUUGUGUCAGAUACUCCCCUGAUGGUCACUUUUAUUGCAGUGGCUCUGAAGACGGGACCGUUAGACUCUGGCAGCAUACUGUAGGGGAAACUUAUGGCCUUUGGAAGAAUCCUCACGAAAAUGGAGCUAAUAGCAACUAGCAGUUUCAUUGAAUUCUGUUUCUCACACAAUCUCUUUAUUAUUUUUGCCUCCAAUCAAUACCGUAUUGUCUCUAAUAAUCCGCACAGUUUGUUUUCUGUGUAAUAUUGAAA